AUGUUACCACGUAGGCAAAUGUCUCCUAGUGUUCAAAAGUCUGAUCUACAUCAGCCAAAAGCGAAAAACCAGCCUCAGGGUCAGCUUGCUGCCUUGUUACAUGGCAAGUUGGAUUACGAUGAUCUCUUUGUAUCUCAAGGCGACCCUAGCAGCAGCAGCAGCAGUAGCAAUAACAAUGUGGCAUCCUCCCUGUUUCCAGACGACCUUCGCUCCAACAGUGCUCCCCCUACUCAAUUGCUCAAUGCUCGUCGUAGCAAUAACAUGAACGACGCCGCCUCCAUGGACCCUACCGAGCAACUAAAGUAUACGCAAGAUGUCAAUAACCAGCCGUGGCAAUUAUGGCAGAAUAAUGAAGAAGAUUAUAUUCAACAGGAUCCGCGAAGCAAUAGCACUGGAUUCAACGCUUAUACUGGUAGACACACACCCACAAAGCAACAAGAGGACACACUGGCUAGUCGUCGUCAGAGAAAUCUGGUUGACUUGAUUCAACAGGACUUUCCUCGUACGCCCUCGCCUUUAUUUGCGCUUCAACAGCAAGCGAGACAGAGACACGCUGCCGCUGCUGCUGCCGCUGCUGCUGGAUUCACGUUUGAGGACCCCACCCAGGAUUUAGAUGCCAUACAAAAGCAAUAUAGAGACCAAUUAAGCGCUCUCGAAUACGACGAUAUGGUAAUGAGGCGUCAAUCAGAUGAAGCCAAUACCUUGAUCUCUCCUCCUCUGCGCAAUAAAUUCGUCAGUACGCCACCUGCCCGCUCCAAUUCAACGCCUCCAGGAAGAUACAAUGAGAUGGAUCGCCAGACGGAAUUGAUGAUGAACUCAUUUAGUGGAUUCGGCUUGAAUGAGGAUAAUGAUUACAAUCUGCUAUCCAACCCCCUUUACUUGCAGCAAUUGCAACAACAGCAGAGUGCCUCUAGAUUUCAGCAGCAUCAUCAAGGCCAAUCAAGCCCCUAUGGCGGUGGAAGCCCUUAUUACGGUAACGCUCAACUUCAUAAUAUCCCUCAGCAAUCUUACAGUCCAGCUUUGGAAUUGUCAGGUGGUUUGGAUGGCUCAGAUGGUUUAUUAGGUAACGAUGCCAUGUAUGGUCGUUGGAGUCAAGGUGAUGUCGCUUAUCGCAGACAGCAACAACAAGCUGCUGCUGCUGCUUUAGGCCACAAUAUGACAGGUCCCCUCACUGCACCUGCUGGUAUUGAUGCUGCUGGCUUCCCAGAAAAUACGCUUCCCGGAGCCACUGACAAGAAAUUGCGUGCCCUGCAAAUGCAACAGCAGCAAUUGCUCAUCCAACAACAACAGCAGCAAUUGCUGGCAGCCAGACAACAACUCUUGCUGCAACAGCAGAUUCAGCAACAACAGCAACAGCAACAACACCAAGGAUUUGGACAUGGUAACAACAACCAUCAUCUGCAAUCCAGAUCCAGAGGAAGCCACCAUCACGACAACGAUGGACGUCAAAUGCAUCACAGCCAUCAUCAGCAACAGCAACAGCAACAAGCAUCGUCAUCCACGCAAGACAUGACUCUCAACAUGCGCAGUCCUUUAUUAGAAGAAUUCAGAAACUCCAAGAAUAAAAAGUACGAGCUCAAAGACAUCGAAGGCCAUAUUGUGGAAUUCAGUGGUGAUCAGCAUGGAUCUCGCUUCAUACAGCAAAAAUUGGAGACAGCCAAUAGCGAUGAAAAGCAAAUGGUGUUUGAAGAAGUGCUUCCCAACGCCCUACAGUUGAUGACAGACGUCUUUGGUAAUUAUGUGUUGCAAAAAUUCUUUGAACAUGGCAACCAAAUGCAAAAAACCAUCUUGGCCAAGCAAAUGGAAGGCCAUGUCUUGUCAUUGUCGCUUCAAAUGUACGGGUGUCGUGUUGUCCAAAAGGCCUUAGAGCAUGUCUUGACGGAACAGCAAGCCACGUUGGUCAAGGAGUUGGAUGGAUGUGUGCUUAAAUGCAUCAAGGAUCAAAACGGCAACCACGUCAUCCAAAAGGCGAUUGAACGUGUCCCUGCACAACACAUUCAGUUCAUCAUUGACGCUUUCCAUGGCCAGGUCUAUAACUUAGCUACACAUCCUUAUGGUUGUCGUGUCAUUCAACGCAUGUUUGAACAUUGUACCGAAGACCAAACGGUAAGAAUAGGCCCUCUGUUGGAUGAGUUGCAUCGAUGCACUGGUCAACUUGUACAAGAUCAAUACGGUAAUUAUGUGAUUCAGCACAUUUUGGAGCGCGGAAGAGCAGAAGACAAGUCACUGGUGAUUGACAAGAUUCGUGGUCAAGUGCUUCAGUUGAGUAAGCACAAGUUUGCUAGCAAUGUGGUUGAGAAAUGUGUCGAUUAUGGAUCAAAACGAGAUCGUCAGUUGUUGAUUGAGGAAGUGCUUCAACCUAGACCUGAUGGAACCCUGCCCCUUGUUACCAUGAUGAAGGAUCAAUACGCAAAUUAUGUCAUUCAAAAGAUGUUGGACGUUGUUGACGAUGAUCAACGAGAAUUGCUAGUCAACAAGAUCAAACCUCAUCUACAAUCACUGAAAAAGUAUACCUACGGAAAACAUCUCAUUCAGAAAGUAGAAAAGUUAUUACCUCUCAUCAACAAUGGUCAGUUGGAUCUCAAUGAGGAAGAGCAACAACACCAUCAUUUAGAGAAUCAUACAGACAUGAAUCCAACAGCUGAAGACAUGAUGCACCACCAUCACCACCACCACGCCAUUGCUUCAGACAACUUCAUGGAUGGAAGAUUGAAUUAA